AUGAUCGAGAUAUUACAUCUUCAUCUUUACAAUGAUCAUGAUAUUACAUCUUCAUCUUCUACAAUGAUCGAGAUAUUACAUCUUCAUCUUCACAAUGAUCAAGAUAUUACAUCUUCAUCUUCUACAAUGAUCGAGAUAUUACAUCUUCAUCUUCACAAUGAUCGAGAUAUUACAUCUUCAUCUUCUACAAUGAUCGAGAUAUUACAUCUUCAUCUUCACAAUGAUCAAGAUAUUACAUCUUCAUCUUCUACAAUGAUCGAGAUAUUACAUCUUCAUCUUUACAAUGAUCAAGAUAUUACAUCUUCAUCUUCUACAAUGAUCGAGAUAUUACAUCUUCAUCUUCACAAUGAUCAAGAUAUUACAUCUUCAUCUUUUACACUGGUCAAGAUAUUACAUCUUCAUCUUCUACACUGGUCAAGAUAUUAUAUCUUCAUCUUCUACAAUGAUCAAGAUAUUACAUCUUCAUCUUCUACACUGAUCAAGAUAUUACAUCUUCAUCUUUACAAUGAUCAAGAUAUUACAUCUUCAUCUUCUACAAUGAUCAAGAUAUUACAUCUUCAAUUUCUACAAUGA